CGGCGGUGGGCGGGGCGGGCCUGCAGCCCCGCCCCAUUCGCGGCCCCUGAAACCCAGCCGCCGCCAAGCUUCAGUCCCAGAAGAGAGCUGCUGUCUGAGGAGGAAACUGCAUCUUCACUGGCCAGCCACAAGAGGACCUAGGGUCGCGCUGGGCGCCCGACGGACCCUCCCCAGGGAACCGCCUGCCUUGCACCUCCUGGCCCCGCCGGGCCCUCCACAUCAGGUUCCCCAGCCACAGCCUCACCUGCGGGCUCCAGAAUUUCCAGGGCUUUCAGAGGAUGCUCGGGCCACCAACGGGGACCUCGGGGCAGCAGUAAAGGGGGGCAUCCAGCCCCUCAUUCACCUCCUGUCCUCGUGUGCCAAGGACUCCCCCCAGGGGACUAGCAUGGUGGUUUUCCCUUGGAGCCCCCAGGCUUAGUACGUCUGAGAAGAUGCCUGCCAUGAGGCUGUUCACUUGCUUCCUGCAGCUCCUGGCUGGACUAGCGCUGCCUACUUUGCCCCCCCAGCAGUGGGCCUUGUCUGCUGGGAACAGCUCGUCAGAGGUGGAAGUGGUACCCUUCCAGGAAGUGUGGGGCCGCAGCUACUGCCGGGCACUGGAGAGGCUGGUGGACAUCGUAUCCGAGUACCCCAGCGAAGUGGAGCACAUAUUUAGCCCGUCCUGUGUCUCCCUGCUGCGUUGCACCGGCUGCUGUGGUGAUGAGGACCUGCACUGUAUGCCGGUAGAGACAGUCAAUGUCACCAUGCAGCUCCUAAAGAUCCGCUCUGGGGACCCGCCCUCCUACGUGGAGCUGACAUUCUCUCAGCACGUGCGCUGCGAGUGCAGGCCUCUGUGGGGGAAGAUGAAGCCAGAAAGGAGGAGACCCAAGGGCAGGGGGAAGAGGAAGAGAGAGAAGCAGAGACACACAGACUGCCACCUGGGCCGUCUCCUCCCAGCAACAAGACUCAAGAAAUCAUUUCAUGCCAUGGGACUGGAGCUGAUCCAAGUCCUACCACAUGAGCCCGUCCUUGCACUGACAGGGACUUCCACUCCGCUCCGUGCAGAUAGAGAUUCUGGGGAAGUUGGUCCCCCGCAGGCAUGUGGCCCUCAUUUCUCCCCUGGACCAAAUCAGUGACUUGGGGAGGAGCUGGAAGUGUAGUCAAUGCAGGGCUCCCCUGCUGGGCAGCCCCAAAUAGAAAGCAGCCUGUCGCUUUAACUUGCUAGGACAGCAGUCUUCAAACGUUUCAUUCGGGAAUCUCUUGAAAGGACUUUAGAAGCCCAUGUGCUUCUUUGAUCAUUUUGAAGUUGACAAUGAAAUUUUAAUCAAAAUUGUAAAUAGUUGCAAAGGAUAUAAUUUCUGACCUAUUAUGAAUAUUAUAUUUUAAUGUAAUAUUUUAUUUUAUUUUAUUAUAUAUUUACAUUUUAUCAUAUUUAAUAUAAAGCCAUUAUUUAACUCUUCAGAUGUAUCCUGUGGAAUAAGCCAUCCUAAUUUAAUACUCACUUUCAUCCACCUUUAAAAGAAUGAACAACUGCAACAAGAAAAAUACAUGAAUGCUCUCCUUUAAUAUUUCCAUUGCUUCUUCUUUCCUUGAACUUGUAUUUCACUUUCCCCACCGAACUUCAGCAUAAUAUAAUUUUUUAAAAUAUUCAAGUCUUUUUUGUAUCACCUUGUCAUAGUUAUCUGUCACAACAAUGGUAUAUAAGUUUGAAUUAUUUUAAAUUUCCUCUGAGCAAAAAACUUGAAAUUAAAUUUUCUCUUGGAAUGAAUUAUCACAAUAAUUGCUAGUGGUACCGAUUGAUCAAAACAGCACAAAUACAUCGUAUUUUACUAAAUGCUAAACACAAAAGCACAGUCAAUCUUAAUUAGGAAUGCAUCUCAGUGAAAUCACUAUAGCUGCUUCAUUUCAAUUAGUUAAUGAAUUCAGUAAUGAAUGUUACCUCCUGCCAGACUGAGGCAGGAUUCAGCAUUCAUUCCACUCAGUCACUCGAAUUCCUUCCAAGUUAUUUGACAAAAACUUCAAGGUGAUCUGCUACAAAAAUUACUUCUCAUGACAUAUUAACUGACAAUUUGGUUACCUUAUUCUUCAACUUUGUAGAAAGCAGACUUGGAAACCACCCAGCCUGCAAAAGGCUCAUUUACCCACUCACCAUAUUUCUUUUCUCAACACCUAUACCCAUAUCUCAAAUUGUUCUUUUAUGCAGUGUCCCCUGGAAUCCUUUUUACCUUGGGUCAAAGUACUGUUACAGAAUUUGGAAUGAACGUGAUAAUUCCUCCCUUUCUAAGGGAGAAGGGCAAUUGGAAAUGAGAUGGUAGGAAACAAACCUCUCAUGCAGACAAUUUUCAGGCCGAGAACCUGUGGAGGCUGAAAACAGAUUCCUUUAAAACUAUCAAUACUCACAUACACCUUGGACAAUCUUCCUGUCCACCUAGGAGUGCCCGUAUCCUCGUUUGAAGACAGCUGUCCCAGUGUAACCAGAGGCAUUGGUGCAUGGAACCAGACUGGGUUCAAAGCUGGCUCUGUCACUGACUAGCUGUGUGACCUUGGGCAAGUUUCUUAACCUCUCUGACCCUCCGUGUCCUCAUCUGCAAAAGGUUGAUAGUGGCAGUGCCUUCCUCUUGGGCUACUGUUAAGGGCAAAUGAGAGAGUGCUUAGCACAGGGCUGGGCACCUGGGCAAUUGCUCCGUGAAGGGCGACUUCUAGCUUCUUCUUGGCCUGGUGCAAGCAGACAGCCAGGAGCGCUGCAGUCUCCCUGCGCUCCCUGUCCAAGCUUCCCCUCUGGGUUUGUCCCCCCUCCCAUAGGAGGGACCCCACCCUCCACCCUGUGCUAAUACCCGCUUUCUGUGUUUGGUCUC